UCAAUCGGAUUACUCUUCCUCUGCUUUAUCUUCCUCUGCUGCUCCAGUUUCUGCCAAAAUUGAUUGGAAUGUCGCUAUUAAUGAGUGGGAAGAAUUAUUAAUUGAUGAAAAGUUUGAAGAAGAACAAGAUGAUCUUGAUAUUGCCAAUAUUGAUUUUCUUGAUUCAGAAACGCAUCCUGCUGAAAAUCAAGCUGCAAAAUGGAAAUUACACGAUUUGUUUUUACCUAAUUUACCUUUUCCAUUUGAAUAA